AUGAUGAGCUUCAAUCGAAGUGUAGUCGUCAGCAAUGUUUUGACUGUCCUCUUAGAUGCUGCAAGGCAAGAUAAAUUCGGAGGUUUUAAAGUCGAUCCAGAAUCAAUUAAACAAGUUUUUAUACCCACAGAUGGCUCGGAAAGCACAACAAAAGGUAAAUUUUACAAAGAAAUAUUAUUGUUAAAUGUUUACACGAAUUCGUCCUAAGAUGGACUUUUUUCAAAUUGUAUUCCGUAUCUGUUUAAUCAAACAAGUUUUGUUUUUGUCGCUGUUGUUGUUUUUAUUUAAUUAAACAAAAUCUUACUUUUAAACAUUUUUAUAGGGAGAGUAGCAUCUUGCUUUUCCUUAGUGCCUAGCAAAUAAGAGUUAACGGUUUUCGUUUAGGAGCGUAAGCUAUGUAGUGAGAGCAGUGUAUUGACCACGAUCACUGUAAAUGUUGUGUGAAUGUUACCUGAUCAGACUUUGUAAACUGAAUCAUUUUAGGUCCUGAGGAAUGUAACUGCCCAUCUAACAACGUCUCGUUAGCCAUAAAUGGGGUUCUUGCCUUCAUAAUCGUUCUUCUAAUUAUUUACAUAAUCUGGCUACAUAAGAAAGGUAGGUAAAAAAUUCAUAAUCUAUGAUAGAGGGUUUGGCUGCAAGAUUCAUUAUUAAGCAAAAGCAAAUCUUGACCCACAUCCACAUCAUUUGUCUUUUUUUUCCUUUCGUUUUUUUUCAGGCGCUGUAGGGAAACAGAGGUAAGAAUUUGCUGCCACUUGGAUUGUGUCGAUGUAAUGUAACAGAUAUGGUAUCAUCUUAUAACAAACUUCCACUUAAAACUGAUGCAAUUCUCAGCUCGUCAUAAUUAUUUGUAUGCUUUCUAAAUUGUAGGACUUAUGAAGAUAAAAGAGGUGUUUCCUACGUAAGUUACAGCCAAGACGUUGAGGUCAUGUUAGUGUGGCCAGUAAUUAUGUAAUCUCACUUUACCUCUACUCUCUAGAAGGAAAUAAACGCUUACAUCAAAUAGGAAGGAAAAAAGGUUUAGUUCUACAAAAAAAGGCAUAAUGCAUUAGUGACAGGUACAAUAAAAUAUAGGAACAACUUUGACUCGAUAGGGUCUUUGUCCUGGGAUCAUGUCAUUCACCAAGCUACUUCAUGGAUUUUCCUUCGGUUGUUUCUAGUUCAACUGCGUGGUUUCACUUCAUAGAUCGCAAACUGGUUUGCACCCGGUUGAUAUUUUUGUUUUUUAAAUUUUUUUUUAUCGCCGUUUUGGCCGUCUGUUUGUCUUGAUGCCUUACUUUCAAAGCGUUAGUCCAGGAGCUUAGUACAGCAAGAGUUUUUUUUCGUGUGUGCAUUUGUUAAAAAAUUGCACUACCAAUAACAGAUUUGUAUAUGAAUACCUUAACGGCAUGUUGGUUUAAUAGACUGAAACAGGAUUAGAAGAUAGCGAACCAAGUCUACCCGAUUCAGCAAAACUCACCCAGCCUCCUGCGGAAUACAUGGAUCUCAUAGAAGUCAACAAACAUGACAGAAAAGCACAAAGUACUGCUUCAGGUGCUGAUUACGUGCCUCUUCAUCCGUUAACACGCUGCUGGGAAGUUCCAAGACAUCACGUGACCAUAGAAAAAAUUAUUGGUAAAGGUGCUUUUGGUCAGGUUGCCAAGGGAACAGCAGUAGGACUUCAAGGGAGUCCUGAAACGACCACAGUGGCUAUUAAGAUGCUUAAAAGUGAGUUCUUGAACUAUAAAUUGAAUGACAGUCUUGGCCUACAGUCAUAUACUGUUACCGGGUUACGUAACUUUUGGCUAUUUGUCAUUCGAUAACUUAUGUCGCUAUUCGACAUUUUGCAUAUUAUUCCCGUUAACCAAAUUUUACUCCUUGUUUUUAACGCUCCAGCAAACGCUACUGAAUCGGACAAGAGAGAUUUGAUGAAAGAACUUGACACAAUGAAGCAGCUGAAACCACAUCCUUAUGUCAUUAAACUUCUGGGAUGCGUUACAGAAUCUGGUAAGCUUUGAUUAUGAGGUCCAAUUUUGCUGUACACAUUUUGCAUCUGAUUUACUCUGUAACGCUUUCUCGUCAUUGAUAAUUUUCUUCAAUGGAAGAUUCACUGCUUCACAAUCGCGCACAACAAACAACCAUCGCAUAUGGUAAUUUUAUCCUUUUUUAGCUAACAGCGACGCUCUUGGAUUUGCCGAUAGACGAAGACAAAAUAUUUGCCAUUGUACAAGGCAUUCUGUUGUAUGAGCAGAAUCGUUUUUUCUAAGGGAAUAUUUGGCCUGUAUCUUCUUAUGAGACCGUUACAAAGUUUUUCAGCUUUUCUUCGUAAAACUACAUCUUGUUUUCGUGCGAUUUCUUCAAAAGUAUUGAACCUGACUGUGCCAUUUAUUUAUUUUACUUAUUGCUAAUUUUUUUAGAGGGAGAAAUAUAUAAAUGAAACUGUUUAAUUUCUUCAGAACAGCUGCUGGUUUUGAUUGAAUAUGUGCCUUUUGGGGAUCUGCUGGGUUACCUGAGAAAGAGCCGUGGAUUAAAAGACACUUACUUCAAAGACCCGGAUAUCAAACCACAAACAAAUCUGACGUCACAGCAGUUGAUGAAGUUUUCUUGGCAAAUUGCUGAUGGAAUGAGUUAUUUGUCCUCAAAAUCUGUAAGUUAAUUACAAAGGCACCAAAGAAGAACAAUUUUAAAACCUUCUUGUAAGGUGUAUCGUCAUGUGAAGCUAUGUCUUGCAUAGAAUAAUAUGUCUUCACAAGAUCACGCCCGGGAUAUGCAAACGUAUUCUUACCGUCUCGUUGAGGCUGUUUCCGGGAACCCUACCGGUUUUGACGUCAUCACCAAAGUUAUAUUUCAGUGUGCGAAUGGCGAUAUUUGUGCAUCGCUGCAAGUGCACCUCAUCGAAAUUAAAUAUCUGGGUUUUUCUCGUGUAGGCAAAGGCAGAGAUGUGAAUGAAUAGGAUCUUUUAUUCAGCCUAAACUGAGUGUACAACGAAUAUCCAUUUUAGUGACAAGAAAGAAAAGGAAUUAAAACUUGAAAUUCAAAAAUUCGUCUUUGGUUGCUAAACUGCUACAUUACAGAAUCCUAUUUCGAAUAAAAUCUUAAGAUAAGCUUUCUAUGAAAUAAUUAGGUGUUGCAGAAAUGAAGUAGUUUGCUUCCCUUUGGAAGAUGGAGCAGUAACUAUAGUAAUUUUAAUUUUCUGCCAUCUGGAAGAAAGAGAAAUACACACACCAUAUUAUUUCUAUUUUCCUAUCUGAAUCAUUUCAUUUCAGUUCUUUUUCUUUUGAAAUCGCUAAUUUUUGCUCUCGUAUCAAUGCUUUCUUAGAUCGUUCACCGAGACCUUGCGGCUCGUAAUGUGUUGGUUGGACAAAAGGAAACUUGUAAAGUGACAGACUUCGGAAUGGCCAGAGAUGUGCAGCAGGAAAAUAUUUAUGAACGAAAGACUAAGGUAAUCAAGAAAGAGGGGAGGUGGGGGCGGUACUACAUAUCAUUCAGUUUAAUUAUCUUUCACAAUCAUUGUUGUGAUAAAGCUGAUAUACUCCUGAUUUCGAUGACAAAAUCCUUGGAUGGGACCAUAAUGAAAACAGCCAUUUGUAUACGAGUAUAAUUUUAAAUAUCACUGUCUUUGACCGGUCGCUUCCUAUAAUUUUUUAGCUCUUUCAAAAAGUGAUAUUUGAAAUCUUUAGGGCCGUCUUCCAGUGAAGUGGACAGCUUUUGAGGCCUUGAUGUAUGGUAAAUAUACCACCAAAAGUGAUGUGUAAGUAUACCCGAUUAUUACCCGUAGCAAUUUUCCAACAAGUUUUACCAAUAGAAUAAGAGGAAGGGUAAGUUUUGGGCUCGGUAAAGAAAUAGAGAAAGAUGUUUUUCAUCCUCUCACGAGCGUUGGACAAUGAAAAUAUUCUUCACUCCCCAUGAGGAAUCGAACCUCAGACCAUCGAAUUCCGCGCUCCGAUGCUCAUACCACUGAGCCACAGAGACUCUACGGUGAGUUAGAUUUAUUACUUAGUUCAUAUGACACGCGUCCUGCAUACUGCAAGGAUCAGCAAUGUCGAUAGAGUCAUGUUUGUAAAUAAAAAUAAGAGAGAGAAUCGGAGCGCGGAAUCCGAAGGUCUGAGGUUCAAUUCCUCGUGGGGACUCAAAAUUUUUCCUUCGUCCCACAAUCGUGACAAGACGAAAAACAUCUUUCUCUAAGUUUUAUCAGUUUCAAUCAGGACAUGAAUUCUAUGCUUUGUCAAAGAAUACAUAUAUUUUAGUUGUCGUAUAAAAUGUUUAUGUCCUCAGUCACCCAAUAUAUAUUUGUUUGAUUUGUCUUUCUGCAGAUGGAGUUAUGGAGUUUUGCUGUACGAGAUUUUUACCAUAGGUAACAUCGAAUGGAAAUUUAUAAGGCCCUGUAUAUGUUUUUUGCUAUAUACCAUGUUCAAUUAAGCAAUGUAAGGUGUUCACUUAGACAAACGUAAAGAGCUUCAAACUACAUCAAAUGACAUGGGUGGUGUUUCAGUGAAGGUCGUUUUUUCGUCACAUUUAUAUUUCGAUGGUCUUAUGGCUCUUCCAGGUGGUUCACCUUACCCACGAAUGGAUGGAAGAAAAAUUGCAAACUUACUUCAGGAAGGAUACAGGAUGCCUAAACCACAACACGUUGAUGAGGAAUUGUAAGUGUUUUUUCAAUUCGUUCUCUCUCAUCCUACAAGGAAACGUUCUUUAAAUUUCUAAUAGAUAAUUUGAACAAUACCAGGUAUCAGAUUAUGAUGAAAUGCUGGAAGAAUGACCCAGAUGCAAGACCACCUUUUACUGAAUUGAAAAAUCAGCUCAAGGACAUGGAAACCCUACACAAGGUGAGAAUUUUCUUCAACAUGGAAGUUUCUUUUCACGUUAGACCGACUAACUUAGGCUUAGCUAAUUAGGGUUUUAAACUUAAUAGCGUUUAGCUUAGAUAGCGUACUUUUUACGAAGUUGGGAUUGCAUCUUCUUGUUAUGUCACUGAAGCUAGCACUCCACGAAAAACAAGGAGGAAGCGAACUAGAAUAUCCUUGCGACAAUUGACUCAUUAUGGUUAUUUAAAAUAUGGUAGGAUUAUUGCAAAAUUGUAUUGAGACGCACAAAGAGCAGCAAACGACACCAUAAAAUACUUUCUUGAAUUUGUUUUGGUGCGAAAAGCUGACCACUUGGGAGGAUAAACGCUUAUAACGUAAGAGGAACACUUUUUUAAUGAUGCCGAUUAUUGUAUUAUUCUUUUCUGCAGAAGCUGAUCAACAUGACAAUGUACGACAAGCAGUUGUAUGCAAACGUCGAGGAUUUAAUGGUGUAG